AUGGGAGCAAACUUUUCUUGUGUUAAUUGUCGUGCGCAUGAUUCUGACAGCGUGGACAAUUUACACAAAAAGGAGAAAGUCAAGAGGAGGAAGGCAAAAACCAUCAAGACCCGCUCGAGUCAAGAUCAAACUUCUCAUCUUGUUUCCUGUACCAUUGAGGCUGAAAUCCUCAGCGUUGCAGAGAAACCUGGUCAUGCUGAAGUCAAUGACGAGUGGAGUGAAGACGCCUUCCAGGACUUAGUGGGAGAUUUGGCAGAAUGGUCUGCAGACGUCCUCAACUCUUUGAGCUCUGUCUCGAUUGUUGACGUCGUCCAACCUACAGCCUGUGCCACAUCUGAUAGAGUUCCAGUCCUAGAUGUGGCCUCCUAUAGAGCCAACGUCCGUCGAGUUCCAGUCCGAGAUGUGGCAGACUGCAGUGUGGACGUCCCCCAGGUCCCAGUCAGCACCACAUCUGCUCCAGGAUUGGAAAUGGCUGACUGUUGUGUUGAUGUCCCUCCAGUUCCAGUCUGUGCCACGUCAGACUGGGAAGACGAUGGCCCUCCAAUUCCAGUCUGUGCCACGUCAGACUGGGAAGACGAUGGCCCUCCAAUUCCAGUCUGUGCCACGUCAGACUGGGAAGACGAUGGCCCUCCAAUUCCAGACUGUGCCACGUCAGACUGGGAAGACGAUGGUCCUCCAAUUCCAGUCUGUGCCACGUCAGACUGGGAAGACGAUGGUCCUCCAAUUCCAGACUGUGCCACGUCAGACUGGGAAGACGAUGGCCCUCCAGUUCCAGACUGUGCCACGUCAGACUGGGAAGACGAUGGCCCUCCAGUUCCAGACUGUGCCACGUCAGACUGGGGAGAUGAUGUCCCCCAUGUCGGACCGACAGGGGACGCUGUAUCUGAGAAUGAGAUUAUUUACGUCGGUUGCUGGAGCUAUGAAGUCGGCAGGAAGCUCGGUGAAGGAGGAUUUGGAAGCGUUUACGCCGGGACUCGCUUGAAAGAUGGCCUUAAGGUGGCGCUGAAAUUCGCUGAUACCGCGGGUAUUGAGUGGAUCAACAUUGAGGAUAAUCCUGAACCCGUUCCUCUGGAGAUCGGUCUGCUAAUUCUCGCCAACAAAGGCCCCAGGGUUCCCCAGAUCAUCCAGCUUCUGGACUGGGACGAAGAGCCAAAUCAAUACAUUAUGGUUUUAGAGUUCCCUACACCCUGCGAGAGCCUGAUCGAAUAUCUAGACCGGCACGAUUACUACAUCGACGAGAACGUGGCAAAGGUUAUAAUGCAUCAGGCAGCAGUCGCAGCUCAAACAUGCUGCCAACGUGGAGUCUUGCAUCGCGACAUAAAGUUAGAAAACCUCCUGAUCAACCCGGAGACGCUGGAUGUCAAAUUGAUUGACUUUGGAUGCGGCGAAAUCCUGACCAAUCGGGGAUACACGUCCUUUGCUGGCACAGAAGAGUACUGCCCCCCUGAGUAUAAGUUAUUCGGCUUAUAUCACGGGAAACAAGCGACAGUGUGGUCACUCGGGGUCCUCAUGUUUACACUGGUGUGUGGAGAAUUCCCAACUUCAGAAGACUUGGAUAUGCUAAAUGACAACAUCUGGACAAGAGAUGGCGUAUCACAAGAAUGCUGCAAAUUACUUUGCUCUCUCCUGCAAAGACACCCAUCGAAGCGGCUCAAAUUGGAUGUUGUCUGUCUCCACAAGUGGUUUAAGUACUUCAUAUAUAGAUUUUAUGAAGAAAGAUCAGAAGACCUUCUACAGAAAGACUUGCCACCCGCUGUUAAGGAUUUUUAA